AUGGUGUCUUCCGCUCGGAUCGCGGAUCGCACUGCGAGCCAGAGCGUCACCUCCGUGGCGUCGCGUCCUUCCCACUCCGGUACACGACAUAGAUCAGGGCAUAGACCAGGACGGUCGCAUCAUGGCGGCUCCAUACCUACCUCGUCGAAUGAUUUCCCCAUCUUCACAUACACCGGGGACACCGAAAUCGCAAUCCGUGCCGGUUCGCAGGAGAAGCGAUUCCUGCUGCACCGACUGAUUCUGACCCAGUGCUCUGGAUUCUUCGAGGCAAGUACAAGUGAAGGCUGGUCGCGUAAUCAAACAACAGGGCUUUCUAAGCCCGACGGAACGAUUUCGCGGAUUAGCGAAGACGACGACUCGUCCACUGGAUCAACAUUGGUCCAAUCGGAUCAUGGAGGAAGUCGCUCGAACGAGAAGCGGCGAUGGAGAUUUGAACUUGACUGGGCGAAUCGAGGAGAGGAGGAGGAGCCCAUCCUUGUGCAAACGCAACCGACCUACGCACCGAUGUUCAACGACCAGCCCACACAUACCCCGACCAUGGCUAAGCCAUCUAAUGCACAAGCAGGAUUCUUUCGUUCCAUGGCGAACCUAGCCGGAAUGCAGUCCGUUGCCCACCUGCCACAAAGCGAGGGCGGAAAGAACACCGAUGUUGAUCCGUUGAUUCGCGACUAUGACAACCUCUUCCGCAUAUUCUACAACUUUCCCCCCGAACUCAACAGCGUCAAUAUUGCCACUGCGUACACGGAAUGCAAGUCUCUCCUGGGUCUGGCCGACAUGUAUGAUGCGCUGCCGGUAACAGGUCCCCGGAUAGACCACCAUCUUUUGGGUUUCGGCUCAAGGCUUUUCAAACAAAUCUCAAAGUACCCACCCAGUUAUUUGAAGCUAGGAUACCUUGCUCGCAGCCGGGUGAUAUUCACCGAGGCUCUCAUCCACGUCGUGGGUCAAUGGCCCGCAGCAUUACCAAACCUACGCAAUGGCUCGUACGCUCCUCUUCCUGAUGCCGUUCUCGAUCUUAUCGAGGAUAAAUACGAAGAUCUGGAGGAUCUUAAAGCCCGGGUGGAAUCCAAGUUGUUCCGCCUUAGCCUGACUACUUCGCGUGGAGAGCGCGUAGGGCCCCACAAUGCAUAUUUGGACUGGCUCGCCGUGUCUCUGUUUCGCCAGUGGCUGAUAGAGAAUAUGACCCCUCCGCCGGCUCCAAUCCUCAAGAACACACCGAACGCCCAGAGUACCGUGCAGGCGAAUGGGGUUGCCUCCCAAUCCGGCUCGUCACGGCCCACGCCUACGCCCGAUCCAGCGGCUCGUGUGUAUCGGUUGAUUGGUUCGAGCUCCUCACAGGCAUACCUCACCCAUGAGGAGCUGAAACGGUUCCUCAAGAUCCACCCGAUCCAGUCCGCGGACUCUCUGUAUACCCGAGAGACUAUGAAACGAUUCGAGCGAAAAAUGGACGAAAUCAAACGGCUGGCCCGAGAAAUUGUCAAGCCGCUCAUGCGGAACUUCCUCGAGUUGGAGGUGAAAGCGAGCCCCGGGCAGGCUGGUCCUGCUACCGUUGGUUCUCGUGAGAAUACCACCACUACUGGUCUACCUUAUUUGACGUGCACAAGAGUUGAAGAGGCUGAUCUACCCUGGAACUGA